ACUGUCAUUUGAGUUUUGAAAAUUAAACAAGCGGUGUGCUCUCAAGUUUCAUUAGGACUUGCGCGGCUGCCGCUUGGGGAAUCACACUCUUUUGGUUCACCUAUCUCAUUUUCAUAUGCUGACACUAACAGAAAUAGUUUUAUGUGAUUAAAUAUUUCAUAGGGGCAAAGAUGGAAAUAGUUGCUACACACACAAAUGUGAUUGUCCAUGAAGUUCUUACAGGAGGUAACUACAAAAAGUGGAGCAUUUUAAUGCGGUACUAUUUAUUUGGUCAGGAUCUUUGGGAUGUUGUCCAAUCAAGCCAGUUGCCUGCUGAAGGAAAUAGGAGGAGUGAGUGGAUGAAAAAAAAUGCAUUAGCUCUUCAUGCCAUUAUGAUUUCUUGUGGAGAAAAAAUCUUCGCUCAAAUAAAGGAGAAGGAUUCUGCUAAAGAUGUUUGGGAUGCAUUGGCUGAUAUGCACAAACCCCGACCUAUCACCCCUGUAGAAAGGCGAAUAGGUUUUAUUCUAUUUCAUCUCUGUUUUAAUUUUUUUUUUCUUUUUUGCAUCUAUUAAUUGCAGAGACUGCAGUAUGGUUUGAGUUUUUUAAGGUAUUGGUUCAGAUUUGAUGGUUAACAAAUUUAUCUGCAAUGUUUAUUUUAAUCUUUAUAAUUUUUUUUUUGGGUAAGAUUUUAAUCUUUAUAAUACAAAGAAGAAUCGGUGAGGGUGUUGUUUUUAUUGCGGAUACAAUUGUGGUUGGCAUGCAGGGCCUGUAAAUCUUGCAAGUUCGCAAUAUGAGACCUUAACUAAUGCCAUUUUCAAUGGGGACCUUGGACAAGUACAAAUGUUCUUUAGAGAAAAUUCGAAUCCAAGAUCUGCAAGAAUAUUUGAAAAUGGGUACACAGCUCUUCAUUUUGCAGUUUAUAAUGGGAAGAGCGUAAUUGUUGAUUACUUGAUCAGGUACAAGCUGUUCAAAAAAGACCUGGAAACAACAGAUGAUUCUGGGAACACGGCUCUUUCCAUUGCUGCUCGUUACGGAGUCGGGAAAUCAAUUGCACAAAUUUUAGUUAGAAAGAACGACAAAUUGCUUACCAUCCCAGACAAUGAUGGAAAGAUCCCAGUUGAAUUGGCAUGCAGAACAAUUCAAGAGGACAUGACACGCUAUCUGUAUCGUGAGACUCCACUUGUCUCACUAAAGUCUCUAAACGUUGACUGUGGCUUGGACAUCCUCCAAGAGUGUAUAACUAGAAAAAUGUUUGGUGAGAACUCUUAACAUUAAUUAAUUAUUUGUCUCCUU